GUUAAAUUACACAAUGUUCAUUUAAAAACCUUUUGAGUUUAAUCAAAUCAAAGCAAUCAUGGCCACCAAAUAUGAAUUGUAUUUAAAUUCUCAUCACUGAUUUUAUUUUCACUCAGUCUUGUGCAUUCAGCCAAUAUAAUAUAUAACCAGCUAACAACUAUAUAAAAUCAGAUAAAAAUAUGUAAUAAAAAAAAACUGGCUUCAAAAAGAAGGCAGAAAUCUACCAUGUUAUAACUGAAGCUGAAACGUCUUGUUCUCACACAUUAGAGCUUCUGUUUAACUAAUUAAUGUUCAUAAGAUGGAAGAAAACAAAAUGCAAAAUGUAAUGAAUAUUUUUCAAGUUGUAAUAAAAUUGUAGGGAGUAAAAAGUAUCGUUUUUUCUUUAGAAAUGUAAUCAAGUAAAAUUACACAAGUAUUUUACACCCCUGCCGUAGAGCUCUGAUGGUGUGGGAGGAACCAUGCGGAUGUUUAAGAGAGAGAUGCACGGAAAAUUUAAGUGACGCACCAAACACAAAUACGGUGAAAAUGCCGCGCUGAUAAGGAUAGGGUGAAGCAGCAAGCAGGAGGAAUUACUCCAGAAGAAACUACUGACAUGUAAAGAUGGAGUUUAAGGAAGAACCCUGCAGAAUAAAAGAUGAAGAUACAGAGAAACAAAUAGAUCCUAUGGAUGUGAAAGUUUUGAAGCAUGAGUUUCAAAGACCUCAUUUCACAAAUGAAGAUGGAAACAUUUCACAGACUGAAAAGAAUUUUACACAGAAAAGUGCUGGGAAAACUGGAGUCAAAGGAUCUUUCACCUGCUCUGAGUGUGGAAGGAGUUUCACAGAUAAAUCAAAACUCAACAAACACAUGAGAAUUCACACUGGAGAAAAACCGUUCACCUGCACUCAGUGUGGAAAGAGUUUCGCUCACAAAAGCUCUCUCAAAGAUCAUCUGCGCACUCACGCUGGAGUGAGAUCAUUCAGCUGUGAUCAGUGUGAUAAAACAUUUGUUUUUUCAUCAAACUUAAGAGUACACCUUAAAGUUCAUACUGGUGUGAAGCCUCACUUUUGUACUUUCUGUGGAAAGAGUUUUUCGCUGCUGAAGUAUUUAAAAGAUCAUGAGAAUAUUCAUACUGGUGUGAGACUUUAUGUGUGCUCUGACUGUGGGAAGAGCUUUGCUACAUCCAGUGCCUUAAAAACACACCAGAGAGUUCAUACUGGAGAGAAACCGUACAAGUGCUCACACUGUGAAAAGAGUUUUGCUCGAUCAGAUUCCUUGAAAGAUCAUGAGAGAAUUCAUACUGGAGAGAGACCGUACAAGUGCACACACUGUGGAAAAGGUUUUGCUCGGUUAGAUUCCUUAAAAGAUCAUGAGAGAGUUCAUACUGGAGAGAAACCGUACAAGUGCUCACACUGUGAAAAGAGUUUUGCUCGGUCAGAUUACUUGAAAGGUCAUGAGAGAAUUCAUACUGGAGAGAAGCCGCACCAGUGCUCUUCAUGUGGGAAGAGAUUCAUCCAAUCAUCUAGUCUACAUUAUCAUAAGAAAAAGCAUUGCCCGUAGUUUCCUAAAUAAGGAAAAGUUUAUGUUCAGAUCCAUCACUUUGGCUGUUAAGAGGUGAUGCACUAUUACUAAUGCCAUUCAUUUGUUAAAAGAAUAAAAGAAACAAAACUUGUA